CUUCGGUUGCUGUGUAGCCAACGGUUCGAAUCACGACUUCUCGUCGAGGACUGUCUGUUUGAGAUCUAACGGCUUGUAGUCUAGCUAUCCGAACGUACUGUCGACAAAACGUCUGCAGCAAGUUGUAAACCGUGAAGAUUCUCCGUUUAUCAGGAAAUUCUCAAGAUGCACAGUGCCACCGUAAAUUCUUGUGUUUUGAUUGUCGUCACUUGUUUCUUUUUCAUCCAAAUGGCGACAUCUGCGCAUGUUGUCGGCGUUAUCAGACCGGCGUUUUCUGUUGAACCCGAGAGUGUAACCGUGUACCUUGGUGAAGAUGCUCUCUUCUCUUGUGAAGCAACUGGAACUCCAACACCUACCUACACGUGGCUACGCAACGGAGAGAAGCUUCUGAAUUCUGCGAGUUCUACCUAUGCUGUGUUUUCUAUAACGCGGCAUGAUUUGGGUGUCUAUCAGUGUGUUGCUGAGAAUUCAGCAGGAACAAUCAUCAGUCGAAAAUCAGAGCUCAACGUGUAUGGGUUGCGCGAUACGUUUGCUGUGGAUCCCUUGGACACUCCCUUUUAUGUUGAUAUCAAUACCAAUACACCCGGACCUGGAACUGCUGUCUUCACGUGUGAAGCCGGCGUCGACAAGUACACAUACAGCAAAUCGCUUGUCAUCAGCUGGGAACGAGUAGUCAACGGAACAACGAAUCUGAUCAAUACAACAGAAACCCCACGAUAUGUGACGUUUCAAUGGCAGAGAGUGGGAAUAUUACAGAUUAUGCAACCGCAACUUAGCGACUUUGAAGGCAAGUACAGGUGUGUAGCAACGCUGCCCGAGCUUCCUAACGACAAAUCAAUAAGCGAACUUGCUCAACUACAGAAAGAUAAGGAUCAAAAAUUCACAUUGACCAUGGCUCCUCCUCCAGAACUAUUUGUAGGCUACAACAAGACGGUUGUGUUGGGAUGCGCUUCCAGUGGAUCAUUGAACACAAUGUUUCAUUGGACAGCGGACGGCUCGGUUAUCGCAGAUUCCAAUGGCAUUUUCCCAUUCUUGCCUCUCACUGAGAUCUACGAGUUUAUAAAGCCUACGAAUCUUCGCAUCAAACGAGCAACCAAUCCUACGACUUUCAAAUGUUUGUUUCGAUCAGACCAAGGACUUCUAGUCGCAGAGAGUGUGGUUCAUGUUAUAGAUCCACCACAAUUGCUGUCAUCGUCUCCAGCUCUUGUUACAAUCACUGAAGGAGACAGUCUCAAUUUAUCUUGUGCGGUCACCGGGACUCCGAGGCCUUCUAUAGACUGGCUUUUCAACGGUGCUUUGACUUUGAACAACCAAAUGUCUCGUGUGAUUCCUUUAGUCGGUGAACAUCAUCACGGAAUGCACGAGUGCUUUGCUGAAAACGACUACGGGACGAUCCAUUCCAGCACAUUUGUGAACGUCGAAUUUCCAGCUAAGGCCUCAACACAGCCUAAAGAUCAAAUAGUUCUUGUCGGUCAAUUGGCAUCUAUCAGUUGUUUUGCCAGAGCGAAUCCAUCCGAUAUCUCAUACAGUUGGGAAAAGGAUGGCAAAGUGCUAACCAAUAGCUCAAGAGUUACCGUAUUAGACCAUGUGUUACUGAUUGACAAUGUAACACUCGAAGACACGGGAAACUACACGUGUGUGCCAAAGAACAGUAUAGGAACAGGAAUGACAGCUACAGCGAGUCUCUUGGUUGCAAUCUUACCAUCGAUUGUUCACUUGUUGGACAGCAUUACGGUUAAUGAAUCCGAUAGUGUGUCGUUGCCUUGUACUGCGAGUGGUGUUCCUGAACCAACAAUAUCGUGGACACCGCCGUCAACGGGAAGUAUUCAUCAGGACGAGAGUGGUGCUUUGUUGAUUGCGUCUGCUCAAGCGAAUGAUGGCGGUAUAUACACUUGUGAAGCGAUAAGUCAAGUAGGAAUGGCAGUUGAUACGACACAACUCAUUGUGCAAGUCGUGCCAAAAACUUCCGUCGAUUCCACGAUGUAUUUCCGAGAAGGUAAAGAUGCUACUGUUAACUGCGUCAUCAUCUCUAACCCCGAACCGACAGUAACUUGGCAUUUUCUCAACAAUCCGGCGUCAGGCUUGAUUGACUUCAUACAGACAUCGAACAAGAAUGAAUACAUUAGUGCUCUGACGAUUAGAAGCAUCAGUCAUGAUGAGUUUGGUUCGUACGAGUGCAAGGCUAGUAAUAUAUUGGGGAUGGACUCGACGACGUUUCAUUUGUUGAAGCAAGUCAUACCAGGUGUUCCCGGUCGAUUGCAUGUAUUGGAUCGAUCACCUUUUGUCGUCACUCUCGAAUGGGAAAGUCCUUCUGAUGGUGGGACACCGAUUUUGAGAUAUAGAGUUGAAUACAGCGUGUUUGGUCGGAAUGAGUGGCAUCAGGAAACAACCAUAGAAUUGAGGCACACGGUUAGAGAUCUCGAACCCAAGACGAAAUACGAAGUUCGUAUCUCUGCAGUGAAUGCUGUCGGGCUGGGACCUUAUGCUGUUGUCAUGACAACCACAUUUGGUUUGGUCACCACCAGGCAGGAAACAACGACACCAUUUAUGACUGAUAGACCUACAGCCAACAAACAGUUUAUCAAAGGAUCGAGUUCAACAGAAAUCGGAAUAAUUUUGGGAGUCGUGUUUGCUUUGUUAUUUCUCAUUGUGGUCAUCGCGUUUGUCCUGGUGAUACUUUUGAGAUCGAGACAAGGACAGUAUUGUGUUGAAGAAUGUGGAACGUACCCCAAUGCUCCCUUCCAGACACCAGAGAAACCGCCUAUUACUGAUCUUGCCAGCUCUCCGAAGAGAAUCGCAAUGGAUCCUCUGACCAGCACUCCAGACGGUGACAAAUCGGAGACAAAGAUAGAUCUGUCACACACUGCCGACGCCGACACCUCAGCCACAGAUUCUCUCCUCCUCUCGGCACUCAAACACGACACCGAAAUUCGUGAUGACGUCAAGGGCGCGAAGGAAUCGCUGUUGCACGAGGAGACGCCACCGAAAGCCGACGCAACGGAGACGAGCAAUGCAGCAAAUGAGGCAUGACUGCGAGGUUAACUAGGACCAGACUUGAGUUGAUUGUGUUACUUGGUACGUUUAGUCCGUGAUACGUGUGUGUGUGUGUGUGUGGGGUCUGUGUAGAGUCCGUUAGUUAGGCGCUGCAUCUCUGAAAGUGUUACAUAGUACUGUAGUGUGGGAUUAGGAGGUACGGGAAACUGAUACUGUACCUCCCCUGUGUGCUAUCAUAUCUGUGACAACCGCUUGUGAGCGAGCUAUUGGUAAUUCAAUCCGAGUGUUUA